AUUGUUCUUAAUCAGAACAGAUAAUUAAGUUGAAAUAUAAUAGUAUAAUUAUAAUAUAUCCUUUAUCAUUCAACAAAGUUUGGUACAGGACAGCAAACAUGGACUUCGUAUUAUUUAUGAUUGGUAUAUCUUCUUUGAUAAUAAAUGUGAAAGGUCAGUCGUGUUACUAUGACUACCAUCAUUGUACAGGAUAUGAUUGGUGCUGCCCUGAUAGUUACGUCUGUACUGGGUCGUCAACCUGUUUAUCUAUUCGAGCAAUAGUCGGAAUAUGUAUUGGAGGUUUAUUUGGUCUAGCUAUUUUCAUCGCCUGCAUAUACUACAGCUGCAAAAAGGAGAAGGGUAGAGUUGGAACUGUUUUGACACAUCCAGACGUAAACACUCACAGUAGUUGGACAACACCAGUAUGGGGAGCAAGCUUAUGGACAACCGCCUGCAUACGAUCAAACGCAGUACAGUCAUUCAAGCGGGUUUGUGCAGCCAGCCUCUGAUCCAGUUUAUCCACCUACUAAAGAAUAACUGUUGUGCUAAAGCUACUGUUUCAGAAACUAUACGUUAAUUAUAUUUAUCAAUAUUUUACUGUGUGAACUUUCGUUAUUGAUUUAUAUACGUUCUCAUUUUUCAGGGGAAUUUAAGUAGGAAAACCUAAUGUAGGCCUUUCAAUCAUAAUUACCUAGAAUAGUAGAUUUAUUACGAAAAAGGUAAAAAUUCCACGCAUGAUAUACACACAAAGACCAAUGCAUGGAAAUUUUGUGUGUAAAUCAUGCACAAAUCGAACAUAAUAUAAAGCAUACGUAAAUCAAAUAAUCUUUACUUUAAGUAUUUUACAUUUUCUUGUUUUCAAUUUUAUUAUCAAAUUGUUGAAUCGUUUACCAUAUUUUUUCGUAAAUUAUAAAAUUAUAUUUGUUAGUUUUCGUAUACUGGAAAACGCACUUA